AAUCAACACUUUUUAAAGAAAUACUCCAAGCAUUUGUUCUCUCUUUCAUUAAUUGCGCUACCUCACUUGAAAAAGAAAUUAAAAAACAAUAGUGAACAAAUUUAUCAAAAUUCCUAAAAAUUACCAAAAGUCAAUUUUUGGGCCAGAAGUUUCAUAUUAUGAGCUUCUGUUAAUAACAAGCUCUUAUGCAGAAAUUCUUAGCGUUAUUCUUGGCGGUAAAAAGAUGUGCUUGUAGUUGGUGCCUCUUCAAAUUCAAAAGCUGGCAACAUUGCCAAGAACAUAACUGUUCACCACUGCGAAUUGCCAAAAGUGUACAGUUUGUUCUCUGGCGUGCGUGCAUUCAGUAAAAGCUUGAUAAAAGCCAAGAGGGAAUGUUGCAUUGAAUGUGUCAGUGGACUUCAUAGAGCACAAAGCAAUCUGGUUUGGCUGAAGCCAACAAAGGAAGCUGCAAGUAUGUUAAAUUUCAUCAAAGACGUAAUGGCUCCAACAACGCGCAGCACAAAGUCCGAAGACAAUAAAGAUGGCGGCAUUUGUACCAAAAUCAAAACUACUGCAAAUAGUGUGAAUGAAUCUAAGCCUCCUCCGCAAAUGAAGGGCUACAAAGUCACAGACAACGAACGUUCUAAAAAAUACGGCAUUGGUGCAAAUUCGUGCCAAAUGCUCAAGGACAAGGCGAAAUUGAAGUUUCCUAUUAAAGAUUUAAGGAUGUAUCUGUCCACUGAUGGCUUUGAAGUAUCUGAUGAUGAUUACUUUCAGACCUUAGCGCCACAAACUCUUUUCAUUAUCGCUGGACCGGAUGAAAUCAUAACAACAGAUGCCGACUUUGAAUUCGAGAAGCUACGCAAAACAUCGCCUUUGCUUCGUGUUGCCGAUAUUAUUUAUGAAUUUAUCGAACAAAACCCGGAGCAAUUCCGUAAAAUGAUUACAGACUAUGAAAAUCGUAAGAUUUGUCGCCAAGAAGCGCUCGACAAUAAACAAGCGUACCACAGCAAAACUCAGCUUAGUCUGCGCACACAACAUAGUGAAUGGUUCGAGGGUCAAGAAGAACGCUGCCAUUCCAAAGAAGAGGCAAUGGCGCGUCGUGCACAAGACCGCAUGCGCAGUUACUACUAUAAAACAAAAGAGGAACUUACACGCAAUAAACUAUAUCGGCAAAAUCUUAAAGCACGUCACGUAAUCGAUGCUGUACUGGAACAAUUUCGUUACCUUCUCAUUGGUUGCGAUUACUUCUCGAUGUUAUUCGAUCGUAAGUGUCCGAAAAAGCAUGAAAUCUUGCAGCAGCAUCUCGAUGAUGAAACGGACGCCAGUGCAAUGUUGCCAAAUAAACGUCUGCGUCAGGUCAUCAAAGAGUACACAGCACGGCACAAGAUAUUAGACGAAUGGUCAGUGUCACUCUGCACCGAGCUGGGAGAUUUUUAUUGCCAGGGUAGCUAUUCGGAUAAUGGUAAUUGUUGUGCGCUAAAGCACACGAUCAAUCCUUAUGCGUCACGUGAGAAUUUGAUACUCUUCCAAGUGUGGAAUUUGGAUCAUCAAAUUGAGUUGUCACGUUCUAUACUGCCGGCGUUAAUUGAGAAUGUACGGGUGCUGGUAGAGCAACCACAACGAAAGUGCACAUUGCAUAAUAAGUGCGUCAUUGACAUCUCAGUAUUGGAAUACUUUUUAGAAAUAUUUUCAUUGAAAAAUUUGAAAUUAGUGCAUAUCGUAUGUCAUGAUAAAACGCAACGGGCGAACAAAUCCAAUGGGCGUUUGGUGUGUGCGCAAUGCCACGAGUACAAAAUUGUGCAGGAGUUGAUGGGUGUGCGCAGUAACGAGGAAGCAGUUAAGGCAGCAAGUUAAAAAUUAAAAAAUAUUGUAUAUAUAUGGUAAUAUAAACACCACAAGGUAGGUGCAACAGUUAUUAGAAAUGACAGAAGAAUAAUAAUGGAGAAUACGAAGUAGCUAAAAGCUUUCGAAGUAAAAUUAUAAAACGAAAUUUUGUUCUUCCAUAUAAGUUUAAGCUCUUGCGUACUUAUACUACUUUAUAUUAUGUAUAUUUUUACAAGCCAUAUUUGCUUAUGGUUUUACCAAGCAUUUGAAUAUUGCAUAAGUGCAUUAUUUUCAUAUUUAGAACAAAAUACAUUUAAAUUAAGUCAAGGGGGGUUAGGGGUAGUCAGAGGUCUGAAAAAAUGAUGAUUUUCAUAAAAUAUUUUUUUCUAGUUGUAGCAGCAUAAACAAUCCCCAUACAUAUACCGGGAAUGCUGCUGAUUUGACAGGCUAUGAAUCCGGGUCGUACCGAUUACGUGGAACCGACUGUUGUGGGAAGGUUUUUUUUGCUAGUCAAUUGCUUUAUUUUAAUAAAAUAAAAACAUGGUAUUAACACAUCAUAUUUCGACUUCACUGUAGCAAAAUUUCAAAAAAAAGAAAAAAAAAGUUAUCGCUGUUUGUGUGGAGCCCUUUUCUCUAGGAGCCCCUUGCGGUCAUCAUCACAAGUCCUUGGAGAUUCAUCUAAAAUCAAUCGGGCAAGAGAAAUUAGUUUUAUUCAAAGUUAAUCUUGUGUCUGAUCGAAGCUUUUGGUUUUUUUAAAUUUACAAUAUAGUGGCCUCAGUAAAUAUUUUUCAGAUUUUGGAGAAAAUACCGGCAAUUAUUAAAAAAAAAUCGAAAUUUUUUCCAAAAAAAAAAUCCUUCGUUAGGCACGAGUCUUUUAUGUUUUUCAAAAGCAGUAUACAUUUUAUUGAAAUCCACCAAGCGGUUUUUAAGUUACAGUGGUCACCAGUUCAAAAAAACAUAGUUUUGAUAAAAACGCAUUUAAAGUUUUGCGAACGCUCCGGAGCGCUCUUUGUUAAGUAAAUUUUCACAAAAUAUUUUUCAGAAAUUAUACUUUAAGAAAAAACAAAAAAAAAAAAAUCCAUUUUUUUUUAAUUCUGACUUCCCGUAACCCCUUAAGGCAAAUAUCUUCUUCUAUGGCUUGAAAGUAUUUACGAAUAGAUUGCGCUAACUGCAUACAUACACACAUAUAUAAGAGUUUUCGAACUGCACCAAUCUCGCGAAUUUACGAUUUGCACCCUACUUAACUUCAAAACUGCACAUUUCGGCCAACAAAAUUUUGCCUCUACUGAUUAUGUCGAGUUUUGUGUUGUUUGUGGAAGGAUCAUAGUGUAAUGAUACAAAGUGUGAUAGAUAGCAAAGACACUCGUUUUCAGUUUGCAUACUUGCCACUUACAUAGUAUUUUUUUUUCAAGUAGUUUCAAAAAUGGAAAUAAGUGUUACAACUAGACUAAUUUUAAGAGCACUGCUGCUCUAUACCAAUAAAACUGGAUUAUUUUAUACUGUAUUAAGCAAGCGAAACGCUUUAACAAACUUAGUUUAUUUCAAUAUAUAGUAUAUAAGACUUCUUGUCCGUGAUAACAAAGAAAUUUGAAUAAUAAUAUUAGUGAUGAUAUUUGAUACACGCCACCCUGUUGCAUCUUCGAUUGACUUAACGAGUCUGAUCGUGUUACCACAAUAAGGAAACUUGAUGUUUUUGUUUUGAUGAAUUUAGGAUCGCACGCGGUGUUUUUUGGACGUCGCACAUAGGUAGAUUUUGAAGAUUUAGGCGGCCAAAAAUAUUUGACUGCAUAUAUCGUCUUAAAACUGUUUAAUAACUAGAAAUUUAUAAUAAUUUGUUUUACUGA